GCGCGCUGAUUGGCUGCUGCGCUGGGGUCCCGUGGCUCAGCCGGGUCUGUAGCUGUUCACACGGGAGACCCGCGCGGCUUCGGGAUGCAGAGCUCGGUGCGCCGGCGACAGCUCCAGUCUGCGGGAUCUCCAGCCAGAUUUGGCGCAGCUCAGCCCAAUGACGAAUCAAGAAAUAACCGCUUUCACCUGGACCUGUGGUUCUAUUUCACCUUGCAGAACUGGCUUCUGGACUUUGGACGUCCGAUUGUCAUGAUAAUCCUUCCCUUGGAUUGGUUCCCAUUGAAUAAACCCAGUGCAGGCGACUAUUUCCAUAUGGCUUAUAACAUUAUAACUCCGCUGUUGCUGCUGAAGUUGAUAGAAAGAUCUCCGAAGACCCUCCCUAACUCUGUGGUCUACAUCAGCAUUAUGACGUUUGUCAUGGGGGCAAGUAUCCACCUGGUGGGAGAUUCUGUCAAUCACAGAUUGAUCUUCAGCGGAUACCAGCUUCACCUGUCUGUGCGGGACAACCCAAUUAUGCAGAAUCUACAGCCCCCCACCCUGGUCGACUCCUUUGAGUUGUUGUACUACUAUGAUGAGUACUUGGGUCAUUCCAUGUGGUACAUUCCAUUUUUUCUCAUCUUGUUCAUCUACUUCUCUGGUUGCUUCACAACUCUGAAGCGGGAAAGUGAGAUGCCUUUAUCCGCCUGGUCAUUGCUGCUCCCAAGUAGCCUCUAUUACUGGUACCUGGUGACUGAGGGUCAAAUAUUUAUCAUCUUCAUAUUCACUUUCUUUGCAAUGCUUGCUCUCAUCUUGCACCAGAAACGUAAAGGGCUGCGUCUGGACAGUAAUGGCCUUUUCCUACUACUCUCAUUUUCCGUCACACUCUUCCUCAUAGCAGUCUGGAUCGUAUGGCUAUGGAAUGACAAAAUUCUGCGCAAGAAAUACCCUGGAGUAAUAUACAUUCCCGAGCCCUGGGCCUUCUAUACGCUGCACAUCAACAGCUUGCACUGAGGUUGGAGCUGGCAAGGAACUGAAAUCUUCUCUUCCUUUUGUAGUCACUUGUAGGAACGGAACUUGCCGUAGACUUCCAUCACUUUACCCUAUGUUUCCUGAAUAGAGUGGGAUUAAGAAGAGCAGAGCAUGUUUUCUUCUUACCACAGUAGACUUGGCUGUUUUUAAUGCAGAAUAAUUCUAUUUUAGUAUAUGGCAACUGCUAUAUUCAGCCACUGUGUUCUCUAAUACAGUACCAGACUUUUACAAGAAUGGUGGUAUAGACCAAAAUACCCUUCGCAGGGCAAGAUAUGUCACUCCUAUAUUAGACUGCAAUCUGCUCUGGUCCAGUAGAUUUGGAUCUUAAAUUCAGACAAUCAGUUGCGGAUAUGCUGCAGAGCGAGGAAAUGUUACCCAUCCGACAUGACUGUAGAUAAGAGAGGUCCGAAAUGUCUGCAAUUAUGUGGUUGGGUAUUUCAGAAUAAAAGUUAUAUUUUCUUUUUA